GGCGCUCACACCUACAGGGAUAAUGGAUUUUCUAAGCUAUGUGAAAACCUUCUGUGUACGAACGUGACGGCUAAAAACUGGUGUAAUGGAAUGGACGCCUACGAGAAGACGUCGUGCGGGGACAGAAAAUGGUGCAUAAAUGGACAAUGUGUGCAUGAUGCUAAUGCGCCUCAAUCAAAUGAUGCUUGUCCAAUGGGUGAUAUACAAAACGACAGAUCGGUUACACAUUAUCACCUUACAUGUGCGGAAUUAGCCGUACAAAAACCAAGGGCGUGUUACAGUUCACACACUGCUGGUGCUUGUUGUGAAACGUGUGACAGGAUAAAACAACCAGUCAAAGGUUGCGAGUAUGGGGAUCAUCAUUCUGGCUGUACAAAAAGUCAUUGUGGAAGUUAUAAUCAGGAUAGACUUAAUACAUGCUGCCAUACAUGCAGGGGUACAUCUAUUGUCGGCUAGAAUUACCUAUUGUCUAUUGAAUUACCUAUUGAAAAAUAAUAAUGGAUUUGAAAUCACUA